AUGACAUAGCCCCCCCCCCCACACACACACCAUAGGAUUAAAUAGGGUUAGAGCAGGGUAUCAUACAACAUUUACAGGGUGUCGAUUUUUACUUUUAGCCCUCAGAGCUCAUAAUAUGUAACUUUUUAGGAAAGGGUCAUCAGACUGUCUCUUUCUAAUGAGUAUUGCAGAGAACAUAGCACCAGAGUCUGGGGGUAUGCAAUACCCCCCUCCACAAAAGGAUUGAAGGGUUACGGCAGGUUAUGCAUUACCUAUGGUACAAAAUUUACAGGGUGUCGACAUUUGGAGGGCCGAUUUUUCAAUAAAUUAUAUGGAUAGUGGAGGUUUUUUGAUAAUGCUUAUCCCACUUCAAAAUCAAACUCGUUUCCCUGCACUAUGCGAAUAUCACAGUUUGAGCCCGAUGGCUGAUCGAUGCGCAAUAAUUUUGGACACCGACACCUACGCACCGGGUGAAGUGGUCAGUGGUAGGGUCAAGUGUCAAUUUCAUCACGAAAUUAAUGUUAAGGGGAUACAAGUGACGUUUAGAGGGCGCGUCAAGGUAAAGUGGCAGGAACGUAAGUACACCUUCAGGAUGGACGAAAGGGAGAUAUUCAACGUGGAGUCGAAUUUAUUGGAGGGCGAAACGACGCUUCCACCGGGAAUCUACAAUUACCCAUUCACGUUUACGUUGCCUUCCAAUAUCCCAUCGUCCUUGAAGGAAAUGUAUGGGAGCGUCAAAUACAACGUGCGAGCGGUCAUCGAUCGACCCUGGGCCUUAAACCACGAACGCAAACAGGCCUUCACCGUAGCAUCGUUUAACAAUCUCAAUCAAAUGGAGUGGCUUCGUCGGCCCUCCAUCCACACCCUCCAGAAGAAACCGCUAUUACUCUUUGGCCAGUCCCACCCGAUUACGCUCACGGUCAACUUGCCGAAGAGCGGUUUCGCCCCUGGCCAAACGGUGGCCUUCACUGCGAGCCUUAGGAACGAGUCCAGGGUCCACGUGCGAGGGGUGCGGUUCCAAAUCGUGCAAGGAUUCGAGUUUCACAUUCACACGCGCAGUCGCAGGUACAACUCGGUGGACGGUCAGGAGUUCGCGAUUAAGCAGAGCGAGGUCGCUCCGGGCGAAGAAAACUCUUGGAACCUUGAGCUGAGGGUGCCCGAAAAGGUUUUCGGCGCGACUUUGAACGAUUGCAAGUUGAUUGUGGUCUUUUGCACCUUACGAGGAGUUGUUCGUAUGCCCUUCCCCCACAAAGAUUACGUCAUAAGUGUGCCGCUCGUACUUGGCCAAGAAUAGAUUGCUUUUGGAGUACCUAUCUCUUCGGAUUAUUUUUAUGGUACAAUGUAGUGAGACAAUUUUUUAUACCUAGGUUUUUCGUAA